AUGCCAUUUCUGUACCCGCAAACGGGCAGAAAAACCCGGCGGAUAUCAGUGACCUACCUGGAAUACCGCACUGCAAGGCCUGCACCAGACCUACUGGCACUAACAGCUGCCUUGUCAAGCCCAUUCCUGAUCAGUGGGGAAACCCCCCACCGGGAACUGAGCAAUAUGGGCCUUAGUUCGCAGAAACCUCCACCGGGAGCUAACAGAGACUCCCUAGAUAUCAGCACCAUGCUGCAACGCCCAACACCUUCCAAAAUGGCGAUCUCACCAGACAGUGAAAACUAUCUGGAAGAACCAGAGGAGACAUCAGAAAAGGUGACAGAACCCCAACAGACACACUACCCCACAGCAGAGAGACGAGAAAACCUAAACCCAGCCACUAAGAAAUAUGUUGCGGACUUGCUCCAAGAAAUGCGGCAGAUGCACUCUGCGGAUCUGGACUUGAUAAAGACAGAGAUACAAGCGGUGACCACAUGCACACAAGCCUAG